UGGGAACGGCUGUCGCUGACGCCGCUCCGCUGCACACCCCGUCCCUCCCCACACGUACCGGACGCAGACGCGGCCUUGGCCCCUGUCGCGGCCCGGCGAGGCGAUGGCCAAGGUGUCGGUGCUGAAUGUGGCUGUGCUGGAGAACCCGAGCCCCUUCCACAGCCCCUUCCGGUUCGAGAUCAGCUUCGAGUGCAAUGAAGCCCUGGCGGACGACCUGGAGUGGAAGAUCAUUUACGUUGGUUCAGCUGAGAGUGAGGAGUUUGAUCAGAUCCUAGACUCGGUGCUGGUCGGCCCUGUCCCAGCAGGGAGACACAUGUUUGUCUUUCAGGCUGACGCCCCAAACCCAUCCCUCAUCCCUGAGACCGACGCUGUGGGUGUGACCGUGGUCCUCAUCACCUGCACCUACCACGGACAGGAGUUUAUCCGCGUGGGCUACUAUGUCAACAAUGAGUACCCCAACCCUGAGCUGCGGGAGAACCCGCCGCUGAAACCAGACUUCUCUCAGCUGCAGCGGAACAUCUUGGCCUCGAACCCCCGGGUGACCCGCUUCCACAUCAACUGGGACAACAACACAGACAGGCUGGAGGCCAUAAAGAACCAUGACCCCACCCUGGGCUGUGGCCUCCCCCUCAGCUGCACUCCUAUCAAGGACCUGGGCCUCCCUGGCUACAUCCCUGGCCUCCUCCCUGAGAACUCCAUGGACUGCAUCUAACUGGGAAUCCAGGCCCUGACAGGGCUGGCCAGGACCUUGGCCAGUCUCCCAGUUCAUCUGGAAGGAGCAACUAGGCCUCCCAGAGAGUCAUGUGGGGGCCAUCUAGGGGACUUUGGGGCCAUCAGCUACACCCAGGCCUGUCAAACUUGGCCCCUAGGAAACAUCAGGGAUUCCUCCAGCCCUGGCCCAAUAGGCUCAUCUCACUUCUACUGCACAGACGUAUAAGAAGAAGGUACUUUAGCUCUUAAUUCUUUCUGACCUGUGUUCUUUUUCUCUUCCACACACACUAUAAAUUCCACCUGCAGGCCAUUGUUCCACUGUGCUCCUGUGAGUACCAGUGACCCAGAGAUCUUCCCUCAGACUUCCCUGCCUGCCUUGAGGCUUUCUUGGUCAAUGCCUGGCAAGCCUUUGUCGCUGUUGGGCCGAAGACUCUGUCACCCCUUUCCCUUCCUGGACACAUGAGCAGCUCCACCCCAGCUUUCUGGUGUCACAAGCAAGGAAUCCUAUUUAGUAGGUGGACUCAGAUACCAUUUCUGUCCUCCCAGGAGGAUUUUUGGGUCUUAUUAGUCUAGCAGCCCUUGGAAAAACUCUUCCCAAAGGUGUAAUCAGCAGGAUGCUGAGGAACAAUGGGUACCUCUGCUCUCAAUCACAGCCACUUUCUGUUAUCUCCUCACUGGAUCUGGCUAUCCCCAGAGGCUGCCAGGGCGGGGAGAUGGUAUGUUGGGCCUACUGUGCCCUGUCUCAGUGUUGGCAUCAGGGCCCUUCUGCCUCUGGCUGCCUUGAUCUGCCUUCUGCUAAGACCACAUGCUCUCAUAGGCCACAGAGUGAUUUCAGGCAAGGGAAGCAGUGAGGACCCAAAAACCUUGCUUCCCUGAUAUACUCCCCACUCCUCACACCCCAGUCCCCUUGCUGCUAUGUGGAUGCUGUUGUGAUUGCAGUUUGUAUAUUAAAGGGUUUUUAUAUUUA